ACCUGUCUUAGAAAAGGACAGAUCAGCUUCAUGAGGAAUGACAAACACCCAAGAUGAAAACAUCAAGGAGCGAAAUUGUGGCUUAACCCGCUUGGCUGAGGGCUGGCCUCCCAGCCAGAGGACAAGGAAGCCAGGACCCCCAUGCAGGGUGACCCAGGGGUAGCUGCAGAGGUGGAGGUGGGAUGCAAGAGACGUGCAAGAGAGAAGAGAUAGGGAUCUUGUAGGUAUUUAUAGCAUUUGGGAGAGGAAUGGAUUGUCAGGAGCGAUUGCUAAUUAUCGACAGCUGAGACCGAUUGAACUUGGUUGUUCUCAUCCCUCCUGAACUUUUGUUAGAAACUCCAUAUUGCUGGCGGGGAAGUCCUUGCCAGGGAACGUCCCCUUUGGCACCACAUGAUCUGUCAGACGCCAACUCACUUUGAGACCUACUGCCUUUCUGAUGAAGCAGACAAAAGACGACGACGGAAGGAGAAGGGUGAGAUCCCGGGUUUGCUAAAGCCACUCCCAAAAUGGGACAUCUUGCCCCCACUGCUCCAAGAUUUGUGGCUCGGGGAUUGGACUCCUUAGCCAUUUAAGGACGCACAAGUAACUCUGACGGGCGUCAUACUCGUUUUGAGUGACCGCCGAUGAUGAAAGCUGUUCGAAACCAGACUGCAGCAUAACUAUCUAUGAAAGAUUUUUCUCAGCUAAACAUCUUUUAUUUUUCCAUGGACAGGUCAGGAAUGUAUCCUCCGUAAAUAAGGAGGACUGGAUGUAACUUUACAUUGCAGAACCUAUGACUGUGAAAGACAGGAACAGAUAUCUAAACCACAUACUAUUUGUAUCCCUGAUGGCAAUAAAGUUAUUUCUGUUAGCAGCAUGCCUGAGAGGGCUUUAUGUUUGCCCAAAUGUUACCACUUAUAAGCAAAGCGCAUAGACAGUAACCCCUAACAGUGUGUUUUCUACUGUUAUUUUGAUUCAGAUUCUAUAAAUAAUCUACAUGCUUUACUGCUUAUAAAAAGGGUUUAAAAGGAAGAGAUGGAUGAACUGGCAAGGGAAUACUGCAUUUGCCAUUGCAGUCUCAUAUCUUCACUGUCCUGGAUUUGCUUUCACCUUGGGGUGUUUGCCUAUGCAGAGCCUGCAUUGUUCUCCCUGGUUCCAUGUUGGAAUUUGUCUGGGAUUCUUGUUUCUUUCUCCCACCUCUUAAAGACCAGCUGAAUUGUCUCUUUCUGGGAGUUUUCAGGGGGAUUUCAUACUCUGGAGGUGAUUUGCAGUACAACCAUUACUGGCCACUGGACUUUAGGAAAACAGAGCCAGGCCAUCAUGAUGGGACAGGUGGCCUCCUGUCACGUGUGGACGUUCUGAUGCUCUGCAUGAUUUUGCAAGACAAUACUUUUCAGCAGCACUGCUGUAACUUUCACGCAGGGUUUGUAAAUGUCGUUUGUGCUGCUGCUGGAAACAGGCUGUGGAAAGUGAAGUGAAACUGCCUGCAAAUACACAGAUCAACUGCAGCUAAACAGGGGAAAUGGCAGGAGGCCCCUUCUGGUUUUGCCAUUGUCAGGUGGGAUGAGCUGUCAAGCCCAACCUGUUGAAGGGACCACCUGGCUUUCAGGAUCUUGUGGACAGGAUUGUAACGGAAGCGUUCUUUCCGGACCCUAUGCAGAUGACACAAUCCGGGGCAUAUGGAGACCAGUGAGGCUGAUUUGUGUGUAUGUCCUGGAGACGGGCGUCUUUAGAACACUAACACACGUGUGGGUACCGCGCGAGCGUGUGUAGAAAAACUUCGAUCAAACUCCGGUGUGUCUGCGGGGUGGCUUCUGGGUGCUGAUGAACUGUACAUCCUAUCGGGUGACAUCUGGUGAUCUGCUCGUUAUGGCAAACAACGCGUCUGAGGGUGAGAAUCUGAGAGAAGGGAAGAGAGAGAAACCAGCCCCUUCCCCGCAUCGCAGACCCAGCAUUCUCUGUUCCAAGAGGAGUCUGUCUGUGCAAUAACAGUACAUCAGAGAAGUUAAAGGACACAAUGCGAAGGGUCUUCAUCGCUGUAUCUGCUGUGCAAAGGUCAUUGCAUUAUGUUGGUUUCCUCUACUUAAGUCAGCGCAGUUGGAGGGACUGGGGGCAAGUGUUUUGAAGAGAGCUGCGACCUGACGUUUUGAAAAAGCCACCCGCCAGAGUAACUGCACUGACUACUACACUAGACCAAAGAAGUCUCCUCAAUUCAACUACGUUCGAAGAGGGUGUGGUUCAGCUGGAUUACUCGGAGGAGCCACGAUGGACAACACAACUACGCUGCACAGUGCCAACUGGGUCUUCGUGGGCACCUACGCCGUGGUCUUCGUGGCCGGGCUGACUCUCAACCUCAUUGCCCUUGUCGUCUUCUUCCGGCACAAGAAGACCCGCUCCCACACCACCACCUACAUGACCAAUCUGGCCCUGGCUGAUCUCCUGCUCGUGUCUACUCUGCCCAUCCGGAUCUACCACCACAGUGGAGGCUCCAUCCAGAACCAGAAGAUGUGCGAGACUGUGGGGCUGAUCCUCCUGGUCAACAUGUAUGGGAGCAUCUUCCUCCUCACUUGCAUAAGCUUCGACCGCUGCAUUGCCGUCUGUUUCCCCAUGUCGUUGAGGAUCAAAGAACAUCGGAAAAAGGCCCCCCUGAUCUGCCUUGGGGUGUGGAUCCUAACCAUUGGGGCCAGUGUGCCCAUCUACCUGAGCAAGAACAGCACCCCCACAGAUGGGAACAUCACGCAGAGUAACAAGUGCUUCAGCAGCCGUCCGAUUUACGCAACUCAGCCCUUAGCGAUUACAACCACCUUGACUGUGGGUUUUGGCAUUCCCCUCUUCUCCAUGCUAGUGUGCUCCUGGUGCCUGAUCCGUGCCAUCAACAAAAGCACAGUGGCCCAGACCGAUCUGGUCAACAAGAAGAAGAUCAGGAGGAUGAUUGCUGCAAACCUGGCCAUCUUCCUACUUUGCUUCCUGCCUUACCAUGCCAUGCUGUUCGUCCUCUUCCUCAAGAGGAACACAGAGCAGAUCGAGGACAACUUACUCACUGUUUACCAGUACAGCCUGAUGAUAGCCUGUCUGAACGCCAUGUUGGACCCUCUGGCCUACUACUUCACCACGGAAACUUUCAGAACCAGGGUGGACGUGCAGAACCUCAAAAAGAAGGUGUGGAUUUUUUACAGCAACAGCUCUGAUGGGCAAAACAGACCCCACAGCCCCCUCAACACAUAAAUGGGAACUAAGGGAAAGGGUGCAGAGGGUAUACAGUAGUGAGUCGUUGCUGUCCAUCCUUGAAAUCCAUCCAGUAUCUCCUCCAGCUUCCUGCACAGCCUAACCAGGACUUCAUUCCCGAGGAAAUACGUUUUUUUUUUAUUCGGAGCUAUUUACCACCUCCAGAGUGCUGUGUCAACCACUGUUAGUCGGACAAAUACAAGAUGUAGCAAAAAUAAAUGCACAAAAAAGGCACAGUGCUUUUCUAAUUGUCAGAACGCGGGACAGGACAAAAACAAGUGGGAGAAAUUGUAGAAAGUCUGACUCUUGAGUUUCGAACUGAGAUUUGUGGAUUUGUGCGGUGCUGAGCAUCUCUCUCAUCCUAGCGUUAAUCCCAUCAGCAGGCUCUGCUUGUCGGCACACCCGUCUCCAUUUGGCGGUUUGAACCAAAUCUUUGAGCUGACGUUGCCAUUAAAUGCGACUGAGAAAUACUCCAACCAGCGCGUUGCUCCGCCUGCCGUUGGGGGGGGGGUGAACAGUGAAGUUUGCAUGUGGUGUAGACGCAAUUUCUUACAGUUAAUGGGUAAAUAAUCAGCUAUCUGUGAAAUCAUAUUAACCAAUUUUCAAGAAGGAAAGGAAGCAUUGUGCUUCUGAGAAAUGGAGAAAUAAGGAGAUGGAGAAUGAGGAAGAGAUAAAAGUCAUGUUUAUCUAUGCAUUUGAGCAAAUUAUCCCUCAAUCUGUUGACACCGGGCAGGGAAGCUUGCUAACAGAGAUAAGGAACGUGUCACAGACGUGAGUCAAUUAAAUCAGAUAAACAGAAAUGAAAACUGAGAAGGCCAAUAGGUUUCUCACCUUGCUCUGGCAAAAGGAAGCACAACCCGUGUCGCUCUUCAAGCUGGUGAGGCUCAGCUUGGUAUGCUCAUGCUUCAGAGGGGAUCCUACCCUAAAAACAAUAAUGUCAGUAAACAGGAAAUGGGUGCGCAGCACCAGCUUUCAUGCCCGCAUGAGCCAAACAACAGCGCUGCCAUGCCCUUAUUUUGCAAAGUUUGUUGGUUUUUUUUCAGCCAAAGAAACCUUAUGACAGCUCCAUCUUCCAAUGGGGGAGAAAAAAAACCAACAACAAAACCAGGCUGCCCGUAGUCCUUUAAGAAAUGUUCAAAAUCACGUUGCUUGUUUCUCAACGCGCAGGAUUUCAUAAAUGCUUUAUCGGGGGGUUUUUUUUGUAUCGUCACAUUUUCGGGGGUGACACAAUUUCCCGCUUGCUACACAUCCUGUUACAGGGUCCGUGUCUGAUUUGCGUUCCCCUGGCUCUUCCUGCUUCUCUCGUGAUUCGAACAAAAACAUCAGGUGGGCGGCAAGGAGAGAGGCGGGUUCCUUUAUUGGUGAUUACCGAUAUUCCACAAAACGGUCUUCCCCCAGCUGAAGGUGCGCUGAGGCCUCUGAAGCCUGCGCAGCACUGAUAUCCUUCCCCUUACGCUUCAACUCCAGCUCAGGAGGCGCUUUUCCGCAGGAGGGGUUUCAUUUUGGGGUUUUUUUAUCUCCCAGCAAGAAGUACAAUCGUGACAAGGUAUGCUGGCAGAGGCCUGGGUAUGACCCGGGUCAUUUAUUGAGAUAAAGAGGACUAUUCUAUUUCGGAUCAUUUCAUAUGGGAAAGCUAAACUAGAAGUGUAGGAGAGGGCGGCACUUUACUGUACAGAUAUAAUGAGUAAAACUGAUGGAAGAUAUAUUUCAUUCAUUUCAUCUGUAUAACCUAUAACAUACCUCUCCAAUAAUAGCACUUCUAAGUACAUAUACUGUAUAAAACAUGCAUAAAUCCUAACUGUAACACUCCAUUGUAAUACCUCAUCCUAACCCAACUUUAAUUAGAAAGCACUCUCUCUUCAGGAGUGAUUAACGUCACAGGGGGGAAAUCAGACAGCUAGGAGACAGCAUAAAAAAAUAUAAGUUUGUUAACGGAAAAAUAAAACUUGUAUUUCCAAACAUAGCACUACCAAAGUAGUCCAUUGGCUUCUCUUUCCAGAAUAUAGCUAAACAUAGAUGUUCCUGUGUGUUAGUCUAAGAAGCUAUCGUUGGUUUAUUUAUACGACGAGCUCCAGAAAUCAAAUAUCUGCAAUUCACAAAUCCUUUCCGCGUGACAGUCCAAAUAUUCAGGAUAGCCAAUUUUCUUCUUUUAAUAGCCUUCUCAAACUCAAGUUGCUUUUAUUUCUCACCCAAACUCCUUAAUGCACCACAAGAUUAAUAAUAACAUUAUCAACUUCAGAAAUGUGGGAGUAUCAUUGCUGUUGCCACAGACAGAUCCAAGGAGGACUCAGAGCUCUAAAUCUGGACAGCUGUUUUCUAAAGUUCAUGGAAAAGAUGUUACCCAGGGAAGCUGUUUCCAAACUGAGGGAGAAUCCUGUGAGAUCAGGGUAUGUCAGGACAGCUACAAUUAGCUGUAAACUGCUUUUUAUCAUAUAUAUCGCACAGUAUACAGGUCAGCCAAAGAGCCAAACUUUGUCAUCUUUUGUGUGUCACUGCAAAAUCCCUGACAAUAAGUUGUGUGUUUCAGCACUCUUACUUUGGUCUGCUACCACUGAGAGCUGAAUGGCUUUGCUUGCAGUGCACUGUCCCUAUGUUUCACUUUGCUUUAGUACACACAGUGCAUAUUGUACAAGAGCAAAUAACUGGACUUCAGUCUUCUUUAAAAGAGGCUGUGGCUCUUAUUUCAUGGUACCACUCUCAUCGAGUACAGUGUGAUAGCCUGGUGGAACUGUCACAAUCAAGUGUAUGAACCGGAGGAAAAUAACGAACCCUAUGCGGAGCUAAUAGGAGUAAUGUCAGACUUCCAAAGGUCGUGGUCCAAGGUACGAGGUCGGGGGAGCAAGGAGGCGAGGUCGGUAAACUAGAGGUCAGGCAGCGGGGUAUCCAAAUCCGGAAGACAUGAGGCAGAGACGUUGUCGGGGUCGAAGCAGAGUAAGAUCAGGUAUCCAGAGAUCGAGGCAGCGAGGUGUCCAAAUCCAAAAAACGCAAGUAGAGACGGAAUCAGGCAAGCAGGGUCGGUAUCCAGUAAACAGAGAUGAAAAUAAAGCGCACAAGAGAAAGUGAAGGCUAUCUCAACAGUGAGCAAGGAGUAAAUGGAGUGAAGGGGUAUUUAUGAGAGAGCAGGGGGUGAUGGACUGAUUGCUAAAAGCAGCGCAGGUGUGCACACCGGGAGGUGCACACGGGAGUAAGAUCCGUGACCGGAACUCCCAGGAAAACAAUAUCGGAUGACCAGGGAAAACUGUGAUAACAUCCCCAAAUACUACAGUCUUACGUGUAGCAUGGUACAUCUUCAAGAGGAAAUGCUCUGUCAAAUACAGCUGCUGAAAACACACAGUCAGCCAGACGUCACCUACAGACCCACCGCAGAUCUGCAGAUAGGCUCUUCAAAGCUGUCUGAAAGUUGAGCUGAUGCUGAGGCAGAAGAAAAUAAAGAGAUCUUUCCGCGCAACAGUCUCCUGGCAGGCUUCGCACCGAGCUCAGCGUUGAACUGCACGUGACUUGCACUGCAGCUCAGCUGUUUAAAGUUGCAGAGUCACGCCCUGGACCGGUAUAGAGCCAUAUUUAACUCUUGUCUUCUUUCUCACGUUUUGUGUCUGCAAAGAGAAUGUGAGAACGUCAAGCUAUAUUUACAUGGCAGGGGAUUCCAGUGUCGUUCAGAAAUGAGUUUUCAUAGUUCAGGUAGCGGGCAACACUCCAGCAGUGAUUUUCACAGCUGUAUGUACAACUAGCAUGUUAGCAGCACAAAGCAGAACCUCGCUUUCCCAAGAAGCAGAAAUAAUAAUAAAAAUGAGCCACAGAUUUCAAUAGAGAAGGUAAAAACUGUUGUUGCCUUGGACAUGUGCUGAGAGAUGGAUCUAGCAAUGGCAAGAAUGGCAUAGAAAGACAUCAAUAUACACUGCUUUUGUUUAGCACAACAACAACAACAACAACAAAAACAUUCUUACAGUUUUAUUGAUUUUUGCAUACUGCCUAAAAUGACUUAUAAGCUAUCAGAGGAACAAGGUGUAAGGAUUAAUUGUUUUAUUACUUUACGGGCAUGUGGCAGUCAAAUAACCUCAGCAACACAGAAAAGCAGGAACUAAUGUAGAAAGAAAAUGUAGCCCUAACUUAACCUCAGUCUGUCUGGGGUUACAGGAGGGGCAUCUAUUUCAUCACUCCCCAGUAUUUAGCCUUUCUGGCCUGGGUAGUGUCCUAAUGUGGCAGUUUCAUUGUCAGCUCUGGAUCCCCAUUUGUCUGGGUAGCCUUGGUUUCGAGUUUUAGAACCACAGUUAAGCACAGAGCUAGAAAUGUCUACAUUCCCCAGAUUUACCCAGGAGUACAGACAUUGCCAGGAUCGAGCAUGACCUCCCAUGAGUCCAGUUCAGGCAUGGUGUCUUCUUACUGUUUCCUCUCUGCAUCUGGGUGAGGUGCAAACUAAUCCAUUAAAAAAAUAUUUCAUGUAAUGCUGCCUGUAAAACAAGCUGUCAAGCCACUCUUGUGGUUAAGGUUGACAGGAUGAGGUUGACAGGAUGGGAUCAGGCUUAGUUUAACACUUUGAUAGUGAGAGUUAGACAGCGGAAAACCAUAAAGGUGGUUGAGUUCACAGAUAUCGGGUCCUUUAGGUUCUCUUCCAACAGAAACACUCAAGCUUCAGUGAAGCAUGCUUUCAGCUAGAAUGUCUAUGCAAACUUCUAAAAUCUGGUUUAAGGUACAGCAUAUAUAGUUAAAGCAUUCCUCCUGGCCUGGAUUCAAGCACAUGUUUUGUCCCAGUUCAUUAAAUAAUGGUGUCGUUGAACUGAGCAAACCUGUUGUGGUGGGUCUCAGUCACAGGGUGACUGCCACAGGGCGCUUGAGUUAAAAACACUGUUUUACUGGAAGUGGUGGGCAGCUCUGGCUAGAGCCCAGCAGGCUUCAUAGGGGUUACAGCUCAAGACCUUAAAAAACUGUGAAGCUGGUCUAAUUAAGCAGAGAAUGUGUUCAGUGGCACAAUGGCGGGCUGAGAUGUUGUUAAAGCCGCAUAAUCAAUGGCACUGUGCAUUGCUGCCCUAAGUCUUAGGUCUACACAUCAGUGACAAUCAUGUCUUUGGAGAGCCCCACCUCAAUGCAUUUUAUAAGGUGAUUUUCUAAAAAUGAAAAUCAUGCCCUCCCCCCCCCCCUCCACUUCUGUAGGCCUUUUUGUGAGAAAAUGCACUUGUGUUUGGAAUGAAGGAAUGAUCAUCCUGCAGUCUCCCAGGACUUCCUCAUUGACAUCUCUGAUCUCAGCAGGACAAAUUUCUUAACUAAGACAAAUCCCAAGCAAAUGUGCAGUUGAGGCUUUGAAAACAGCUGGUUCAAGGGCAUCCUGCCAAGAGUGCUCAGCUGUGUGGCUCUCCAGGGAAAGGGCACCCAGACUGCAAGUCUUCGCUUUGUGCAUAUUUUACACGUGAGACACUUUGAACUGAUUUGCAGAUUCUAGCAAAUGAAAGUGGAAACACAGCCUCCUAGAUCCAUCUCUGAGAAGAAUUACCGUCAUUUGCUCAGUGUUUAAUGAAACUGCAAUUUCUUUCCUCUGUGGAAUAUCCACUGUUUGUGCGAACAAUCAGAACUGACUGUGCGAUUAAGUGUGCUGAGAGGAUUAUGUGUAGCAUUUUGAUUGAUUUCUUUUGAAUAUUAUAUGAUUAUAUCUCAAUCCAUGACACUUGAAUUUGUCAUGUUUGAAUUUGUAUGUAUCGGAAUUCACAACGUUAAGCGGGUGGGAGGUUUUGUUUGUGAGUGUCUCAGAUGUUAUGCAAAUAAGUGCUCUUGUGUAACUUCACAUUUAUUUUAGGUAGGUAAAGCUUGAAUGCUGAGUUAUUGACUAAACCCCAUUACCCCAUACCUACUAUACCUAAUGCUUCAUUGGACUUGCACUGGCUAUCUGUAAAAUACAGAAUUUACUUCACAAUUCUGUCAUUCAUCUGAAUAGCUGGGAAUGGUCUGGCCUCAUCCUAUUCAAGAUCAUUACUUCUUUUGUGUGACGUGAAACCCAAGAGAUUCAUACUCUCAAUACUUUCACAUUAGUUCUUGGAACACUUUCAGUCUAGCCUGUUUCUAACACUUCAGUAUAUGAUCUGGAUUUAUGUGGGGUUGCGUAUGUCCUUUUAUUUAUAUUUUGUUUUUGGGCUUUAGGUACAGAAUUGUUUUUUGAAUUUGUAUUCUGUUCACAAUAAAUCUUACUACAAUUGA